AUGCGAUGGAGGCAGGAACAGAUGAGACGCGUCGACCCUCUCGGAUGGAGAAUCUUCCAGGAAGCAGGAGCGUUUGACCUCCACGGCACUGGGAGGUGCGAGGUCUUCCUUCAGCAGGACUCUCUCAGGUUGAAGAAAGAUGUGAAAUAUCAUUAUUUAGGACCAAGAACCAAAGAUGGAAUCAUGGACUUUACUAAUCGAGUGGCGGGGCCGCUGGUUCGAUCUCUGAGCAGUCUGCAGCUCUUCCAGCACGCCAUGAGUCGCCAUGACGUCAUGUUUGUUUACGUGGGCGCCACGUCACAACUGAAGGCAAACUACACAUCAGCUGCAGAGACUCUGAUCGUUGGAACUUACUUCUUCUCUGCCACCAGAGACGUUCUACCCAAGGCGGUGUCUUUGGCGUCUCUGCCGGCUGUGGUGGUUUUUAAAGAUGGGACCUACUUCACGUACAGCGAGGAACAUGAUGGUGACCUGAAGUUGUGGAUCAACAGAGAACGAUUCCCAAACUUCUGUCAGAUCGACAGCUACACCCUGUAUGCGAUGGGAGAGUCAGGUAAACUGGUGCUGUUGGCGUUGGUGGAAGAGAAGCGCCUGUGUGAUCAAAGUCUGAGGUAUAAGAGUCUGGUGGAGAAAGUGGCUGCAGAGCACAGAGACACCUACAGCAGCUUCUACUUCGGCUUCAUGGAGGACAGCGGCUACAUUAACGGUCUGGUGAUGGGUGAGGUCAUCGUGCCGUCCUUCAUCAUUGUCAAUCUCUCCAAUGACGGAUAUUUCCUGCCACUGGGCGCUGUGGAGACAGAGCGCCACCUGCUGGACUUCAUGGAUGGAGUACUGGAUGGCAGCGUGGAGAUUCAGGGAGGAAACAGCAUCACUCAGCGGUUCAGACGCUUCUUCUAUGACGCCAAAGUCACGGUAACGCCGAUCUUCACCAAGGCUCCGCUGCUCGGCUGCUUCCUCUUCGGUGUCCCACUCGUCAUCGGCGCUGCUCUCUGUUUUGUCUGCUGUAAGGGCCGAAACUCCGCGGAUGAUGAUGACGAUGAUGGCGUUGCACUAUUAGCUCCAUCUCUGCAGCAACGCAAAAAGUCAAGUGACAAGAAGUCAGACUGAGGACAAGGACGGAGACGGAUCCAGACUUCUGUCCAUAACCGUCGGCACCUGUGUCUGUUUCACCAGCAGCAGCCAGAGAGAUUUUUAAAGUUAUUUUGGGUUUGCUGUGAUACUUGAGUCGACUGAAUUUACAGGAAAACAUCAAAGCAAAUGUGACAAGUUGUUAAUUCCCAUUUGUGAACCAGUAACUCACCUGUCAGGUAACUCUGCUGCAACCUGUAGCAUCAUUUCAAUCUCAGGUACAGAAAUAAAGAAGAAGAAAAUAAAGAAGUGUGUAGAAA